AUGGCAAAACCCCAAGGCUCAACUUGGGAAGCCAUUGUGGGAGCUGGAAACCUUUGCUCCAUCCUAGAGUCAGAAAUAACAUACUGCCAAACACAAAAGGUCAAAGUGUUCCUUUCCCUUGGCAUAGACCGAACCCUAAGCACCACAAACUCCAACUUAACUGCAUCACCUGAUGCAGCAGAAAACCUUGCGAACUAUCUGUUGGAGAAUUUCCUCAGUGGCAAAUCUGGUCCAUUGGGAAACGUCUCCUUGGAUGGCAUCGACUUUCCUGCCGUGUCGGACGGAGAGAACCUUCACUGGGACGAAGUUGUUACGGCCAUUAACGCAUCCACAACCGCCAGAAAAAUCUACUUGUCCGCAGCACCAAUAUGUUUCUUCUACCAGAAUCCUUGCAUAUACACACCCGGAAACCCUUCCAACCUUUUCAAUGAGUGGAACAUAUGGACCAAAAAUGUUCCCAACAGUUUGAUAUUCUUGGGGGUCGUGGCUACGAAGGAGAUAGCGGGAUAUAUAGACUAUUUUGAGCUUAUUGAUGAUGUUCUACCAAUUGUGAGACAGUCUUCAAACUAUGAUAUGAUGUUCAAAGACAGUGUAGAUGUGUGUGUGAAGGUGAUGACGGCUUUGCACCGAAUGGGUUAUACGGUCUGCGUUCAGGAUCUCAGCCUCUAUCAAUCUGAUGCAUCCAUGAACGACCCUCUGGUACCUGUACGUUGUAGCCUUUCCUAG